GCUGCUCUACUAGAGGCUCCCUGGGAGGCUCGUACACUGAGCAACCAUAAGAGCUCGUCACCAGCUUCUAUUAUUAAAGCAAUUAACCAGCUAAAGAAGGGCGCUGAGGUGAUGAUACUCUCUGCUAAGCUGAUGCGCGAUCGGAUCACCAGCCUUAAGCGAGCCAACAAGGCAGCGUCAGCGCGUAAGCAAUGGAAGAAAAAGCGUAUACAGAAGCGAGGGACCUUAACAAAGGGAGGGGGAGAGGAUAUACUUGCUCAAGGUGAGGUUGAGUAG